AUGAAGAAGGCUUUGACUAAGAAACAGUACGCUAGAAAGAUAAAAGCACUUGUUAAGAGGAGAAGGAUUCUCGCUGAGAAUAAAGCGGAAUUGCAGGAGCAAGAGGAUAUGGAGAAAUACAGGGUAGAUAUCUUUCAUAAAGUCCCACCCAAGCCGGCUUCGGUGCAGAAUAAUGAGGUCAAUGGGCUACUUCCGUUUGAUGAGGGACAAUAUCACUGUCAAGAAUAUAAUGAUCUUUUGAAAAGUGUUAUUCCUAUAAGGAAUCAAUUUGCUGCUUCUACUAGUGAGGAGGAGAGGAAGGCAUUAGCGGGGGAAGAAAUUACCCACUGGCAUGAUUAUAUGCUUCAAAGGGAGAAGGCACUCCCAGAUCAUUUUAAAAUGAACUCCACUACAGUGUCUCUGCUUGAAGAUGUCUUCAUCAGAGAGUCUGAGAGAAGGAAUAAGACUUUAAGGAGCGAUAGAGUUAUUGAUUUCCAUUACAAAUUUGCACAGAAUAGAAGGUUUGAUGUUCCUCUUGAUCCAAGGAAUUUAAUCCAGAUGGUUCACCCCUUCCACGGAUAUAUGCUCAGCAUUGAUAAUAAGUUCUUUACAUUCGAUGAGAUGGUCAAAAUGUACAGGCAACAGCUGGUUUCAAGCUAUGAAAGAUCACUAGGUCAAACCUUCCUUGCAGAGGAGCUCUCAUGCUUAUCCUUUUGGGAUGUCAUUGAUCAUGAAAGAAAAGGGUAUACCAACUUCCCUGAUUUUGUCAGAGUCUUAAAAAUGUUCAAGUUCAACCUCAAUCCUUGGACUUUGGCAGCCAUUAAGCAGGAAUUUGAAUGGUGACUCAAAUGGAACGAGGGCGAGGUGCUCGAGACUGACACUGAGAAAAACUUUGUUGGAAGGUUCAACUUAGCCAGAUUGAUCUUCCUUGAGCGUGGAUUGUAA